AAGGAAUGGCUUUGCCGAGAAAUCACCUGCGGGUUUUGCAUUUGGUCUGCCGCUGGAAGUGGACAUCGAAGCAAAAUUACAUAGACAGAUGAUUGUCCAGUGACUGAUGUCGGAAUAGCAAGUUUCAACAAUGUUUAUAAAACCAGAUUCGAUCCAAGUCCAUCAUAUUGUGAUGUGAAUGUGUUUCGGACAGCCUUUUCUACUUUAGACAGUGCGCCUCGCCAACAAUUUGAUUCCGACGAAUUCGAAACGAGCUUUACACCGACACCGUGUCCUGAAAGUGAUACGUUUGUUACAAACUUUUACCCAGAAUAUCUCGGUAUGGCAUUUCGACGACAAAAUUGCCGCAAGAAAGAAUAUCUUUACGACCAGAAGCCUUUCUUCAAUGCCAUCCCGUCUUCAAGAGGAGCAUUCACAUCACCUGGAAUCAUACAAUCAAUUAAGAACUGGUACUCUGGCGGCCGGUCGCCGCCGCCGAUGCCCAGCAUCGUCACAGAGCCGGACGACAUCGACUGCCGGUGUCCGGCGCGCGGCUCGCGGCUGCUGCAGCUGCAGAGCUGGCUGCUCUGCUCGCCUCUGCCCAGGGCGGCGCUGGCCCUACUCGCCGCCAGGGGAGUGCUCUACCUGCUCGGCAUCCGCGUCUGCUUCGUCAAAAUGGUGUGAGAAGGAAAAGGAGGAGGCGUUCUAGAGUCACCCGGCCAGCAUUUUUCUGUUGAAUACGGAAUAGAUGCAGUUACUUGAGGGCAGGCCUCAUUCCCCUAACUUUGUCUCCGAUGUGAAAUAUUGUCCACUAAGUCGGAGAUAAUAAAGAACUAAGUGACGUAUAUAUUACGGGUGUCUGGACCGAAAUACAAACGCCGUCAUUAUGUUUUCCAA